AUGUCAGAGAUACUUGACCUCUCUUUUUUGUCUGAGGUGGAGAGGGAUUUGAUCCUCAGUGUUCUACAACGAGAUGAGGAGCUCCGGAAAGCAGAUGAGAAAAGGAUUAGGCGACUGAAGAAUGAGUUACUGGAGAUAAAAAGGAAAGGGGCCAAGAGGGGAAGCCAGCACUAUAGUGAUCGGACCUGUGCUCGGUGCCAGGAAAGCCUUGGCCGUUUGACUCCCAAGACCAACACUUGUCGGGGCUGUAAUCAUCUGGUAUGUCGGGACUGCAGAAUCCAGGAAAGCAAUGGUACCUGGAGGUGCAAGGUGUGCGCCAAGGAAAUAGAGCUGAAGAAGGCAACUGGUGACUGGUUUUAUGACCAGAAACUGAAUCGCUUUGCUUACCACACAGGCAGUGAGAUAAUUAGGAUGUCCCUGCGCCGUAAACCCUCAGUGAAUAAAAGAGAGACAGUGGGACAGUCCCUUCUUCAUCAGUCACAGAUGGAUGAUAUCUGGCCAGGAAGAAAGAUCAUUCAGGAGCAACAGAAGGAGCCCAGCGUGUCAUUUGAAGUGCCCAAGCUGAAAAGUGGAAAGAGUGCACUGGAGACUGAGAAUGAGAGUCUGGAUAGCUACACUGCUGACUCGGAUAGCAUGUCAAGGAGAGACUCUCUGGAUAAAUCUGGACUCUUUCCAGAAUGGAAGAAGAUGUCUGCACCCACAUCUCAAGUAGAAAAGGAAACUCAGCCUGGGGGUCAAAAUGCAGUAUCAAUUGAUGAGGGUGAAAUGAUAUUUAAGAAGAACACCAGAAAAAUCUUCAGGCCUUCAGAAUACACUAAAUCUGUUAUUGAUCUUCACCCGGAAGAUGUGGGACAUGAAAGUGGUUCCUUGGGAGACAGAAGCAAAUCUGUCCCAGGCCUCAGUGUAGAUAUGGAAGAGGAAGAGGAAGAAGAAGACAUUGACCAUCUGGUGAAGCUGCAUCGCCAGAAGCUAGCCAGAAGCAGCAUGCGAAGUGGUUCGUCCAUGAGUACAAUUGGCAGCAUGAUGAGUAUCUAUAGUGAAGCUGGCGAUUUUGGAAACAUCCUUGUGACCGGCAAGAUCGCCUUUUCUCUCAAGUAUGAGCAGCAAACACAGACUCUGGUCAUCCAUGUGAAGGAGUGCCACCAGCUGGCCUGUGCUGAUGAAGCCAAGAAGCGCUCUAACCCAUAUGUAAAGAUUUAUCUUCUGCCUGACAAGUCCCGCCAAGGAAAAAGAAAAACCAGCAUCAAGCGGGACACUAUCAAUCCGCUAUAUGAUGAGACCCUCAGAUAUGAGAUCCCAGAAUCUCUCCUGGCUCAGAGGACUUUGCAAUUCUCAGUUUGGCAUCAUGGUCGUUUUGGCAGAAACACUUUCCUUGGAGAGGCAGAGGUCCAGAUGGAUUCCUGGAAACUUGAUAAGAAACUGGAUCAUUGCUUGCCUUUACAUGGGAAGAUCAGUGCUGAGUCCCCGACUGGCUUGCCAUCACACAAAGGCGAGUUGGUGGUUUCACUGAAAUACAUCCCCGCCUCCAAACUCCCUGUUGGAGGUGACCGGAAAAAGAGUAAAGGUGGGCAAGGGGGAGAGCUCCAGGUGUGGAUCAAAGAAGCCAAGAACCUGACGGCUGCCAAAUCAGGAGGGACUUCAGACAGCUUUGUCAAGGGAUACCUCCUUCCCAUGAGGAGCAAGGCCAGUAAGCGUAAAACUCCUGUGAUGAAGAAGACUCUGAAUCCCCACUACAACCAUACAUUUGUCUACAAUGGCGUGAGGCUGGAAGAUCUACAACACAUGUGCCUGGAACUGACUGUGUGGGACCGGGAGCCCAUGGCCAGCAAUGACUUCCUGGGAGGGGUCAGGCUGGGUGUUGGCACUGGGAUCAGUAAUGGGGAAGUGGUAGACUGGAUGGACUCGACUGGGGAAGAAGUGAGCCUGUGGCAGAAGAUGCGACAGUACCCAGGGUCUUGGGCGGAAGGGACUUUGCAGCUCCGUUCCUCGAUGGCCAAGCAGAAGCUGGGCUUAUGA